CACAAACGAAAACGAUUUGACACCGCGGAACCAAAAACGGAAGAAAAUACCCAAGAAAUUAUAAUUCCUUUUGCUAUCAUGUCCACCCUGACAGUUAGUAUGAGCUUGUCGAACAAAUACGGUUAUCCAUUGCUGCCAUUGCUGUCAGAGCGGGGACACCACCAAAACGAUACCAGUAGUGAUGGCGAUGACGAUGUCGACGACGAUGGUGAUGACUACGGAGACUCUAAUUACAUCUAUAACAGGCAGAGAGAUGCUAUUGUAGGAAACACACCAAAAUCUCCCGCCCUGAUUCCUARUACUUCUGACACUGCCACCGCUGCCGGUGCCGGUGCCGGUGCAUCUAACGAUGACGGCAACGACGAGGGCCGUGCCGGGAACAGYGGCAGCAACAUCAGCACUUUCGAACCAACGAGCCAAAUACGCCAUUCGGUGCGGUUUUCGACGGCCGAAUAUCGCUAUUACCCGAUCACUAUUGGGGAUAAUCCAUCCGUUACUAGGGGCGUCCCCGUGACUAUCGGUUGGCACUUUUGGAAGGAAGCUACGCAGGUUGUUCCUGUGGAGACUCUUGCAAGCGAAAACGACGAAGAAGACGACCAUGAUUUCGAUUUUCAUUAUGAAAUCAACUGCGACUGCGACUGCGACUGCGACUGCGACUGCGACUGCGACGAUUGGGAUGAUGACGACGAUGACGACGACAGAGACAAUUUUGACGACGAUGAUGAUGGAAGUAGCUAUAGUGGAGAUUCUAGUACGGUGAGCGAUGUAGGACAAAACAGGUCUACUUCUAAUUCCGCAUCCGCAUCCGCAUCCGCAUCAAAAUCAAAAUCAGACGACACCAAAAACAGAAAUAGAAACAGAAAACUCGCUCGGAGAAGAAAAACAACAUCAAAUUUCGAUUGUGGCGUCAAAGAACGGCGAACGAAAUCAUCGAAGAGCCACGGUCGUUUGUUGGCCGGYGCACGAUCACGGAAACAAAAGCACAUGCAAACCCAGCCGGUCCGAAUGUUGGAUCCUUCCGAGCGGGCAUCCAUCCUGAUGCAGGCCGGUCAUUCCAGGCAGGAGCUCACGAAAGCUCUCCGACGGACCGUCUGCCGAAAGAAGGAACUCCGACGGACUGCCAUYGAGCAGAAGCUGCUGCCAAAGCCACUGGUAGUGGCCGGGGAGCGGGUCCAGGAAYUCUGGGAAUCGUGCUGUCCKCGGUCUGCUGCUGGUUCCGGCGAUGGUUGUGCAAUGCUCCGUUGCUGGGGGGCGACCAGCAGGGCCGACCGCGGGGAGGACGACAGCGACAGCACCGGAGACGGAGACGGCGACGGCUGAUGCUGCUGCCGCUGCGGCGGGUGCGGCAAUUGUGACGAUGGGAACGCCAAACACACAGCGCAGCUGCAAUGCUUGUUUUUGUAUUCUUGGCAUUGUCCGCGACAGAACCCAGUCGGAAUCCGCUAUCCGAUACGGUUUGAAUUCCAAUUCUUCGAAACAAACCCAUUCAAACCAA